GGGCGGCGGCGGCGGCCGGCCGCGGCGGAGCGGAGGCAGAAGCACGGCGAGAGGCGCGUCGGCCGCGGGUCCAGUUGGCCACCAUGCCAGGCCGAGCACACGACUAGCACGUGGUGUUGGCGCGUUCGCCGUUCGCCGUUCGCAGUCGUGUUUUCGCCUCUCUACGUGACGAACACUGCGUUCGCCCCCUGAACCAGACAUGACGGUGGAAAACGCGGCCAGUUUCGGCUUCUACGGCCGGCCCGCGCUCUGAAGGAGCUCGUGCUCGAACUCGAUGUACUUGGGCGUGGACAUCGGCGCCGCACACCACAGCAUAGGUGGGGCCGUCGCCGCGUCGACGCACCUGAGCGCAGCACCCAACCUGAUGCCCAUGGAGCCGCAACAGGCGGACACGGUCACGUCCAGCCAGAGGGUGGCCCACCACCACCACCACUCCAAUGUCACGCUGUCCCGCAAGAGGAAGGCCUCCUUCACGGAUGCGAGCGACGCGGACGAUGAUCUGCUGGGCGACGAGGCCGGGGGCAAGAUGCCGCGCAGUGCCGAGGACAGCUGCAAGAAACAAAACCACAGCGAAAUUGAAAAGAGACGUCGUGACAAAAUGAACACGUACAUCACCGAGCUGUCCAAGAUGGUGCCCAUGUGCCACGCGAUGUCCAGGAAACUGGACAAACUGACCGUGCUGCGGAUGGCCGUGCAGCACCUCAAGACGAUCCGCGGCGCCGUCCACUCGUACACCGAGGGACACUACAAACCGGCCUUCCUCACCGACGAGGAGCUCAAGCAUCUCAUCCUCCAAGCCGCCGAGGGUUUCCUCUUUGUGGUGGGCUGUGACCGAGGCAGGAUCCUCUACGUUUCCGAGUCGGUGUCUCAGGUGCUCAACUAUUCUCAGGGUGACCUCCUGGGCCAAAGCUGGUUCGAUAUUCUGCACCCCAAGGACGUGGCCAAAGUCAAGGAGCAGCUUUCGAGCUCCGACCUCAGCCCUCGGGAGAGACUGAUCGACGCCAAAACAAUGUUGCCUGUGAAGACGGACAUGCCGCAGGGUGUGUCCAGGCUGUGCCCUGGGGCGCGGCGCUCGUUUUUCUGCAGGAUGAAGUGCAAGGCGAACAGCCACGUCAAGGAAGAGGUCGACACCACGUCCAAUGGCAACUCGAAUAACUCCUGCCACAGGAGAAAAAAGUCGCAGAACUCAGAUCGGCGGUACAGUGUGAUCCAGUGCACGGGCUACCUCAAGUCGUGGGCGCCGGCGAAAAUGGGUCUGGAGGAGCCGGACGGCGAAGACGGCGAGUCGGCGAGCCACUUGUCGUGCCUGGUGGCCGUCGGCCGCAUCCAGCCGCCGCCCCCGAGCGUCGGUCACCACCCCAACCCGUCGCAGGCGCCGCCCAACCUGCGCAGCAUCGAGUUCGUCUCCAGGCACGCGCUCGACGGAAAGUUCCUGUUCGUGGACCAAAGGGCCACCCUGGUGCUCGGCUUCCUGCCGCAGGAGCUGCUCGGCACCAGCAUGUACGAGUACUACUGCCCCGACGACGUGCCCCACCUGGCCGAGUCGCACAAGGUGGCCCUCCAGUCUUCGGAAAGGGUCACCACACAGGGAUACAGAUUUCGUAGCAAGGACGGUUCAUUCGUGCGCAUGCAGAGCGAAUGGCGGGCGUUCUGCAAUCCGUGGACGCGCGACGUCGAGUACCUGGUGGCCAAGAAUUGUCUGCUGCGCCAGACCAACACCGUGCCGCAACAGCAGCAACAACAACCACAACAACAACAGCUCACACCGCUGGUGCCGGCGAAUAUGGACAACUUUUUCUGUGACAGCAUGAAAACAAAUGGGAGUCCAGGCGGCCGUGAAAUUACGCGAGCGAUUAGUUCGCACGUGGAAGCUAGUAAAAUUGGCCGGCAAAUUGCAGAAGAGGCGCUGGACACUCGACGCAGGGGAAACGUGCCUUCAGAGUCGCCCUCCGUCAGCAACUCACCUUCCUCCCCUGGCUUUGAACUAGGACAAAGUUCUUUGCAGUUGAUCGGCAACGGCAACAGCGACGAAAACUACAACCGGAACAGCGCCCUGACGCGGCAGAACAGCCACUCGGUGACGCUGUGCAACGAGGAGAAGGACGAGGAGGAACUGCUGCUGCGCGACAUGAUGGCGCCGGCGGCCACGGUGGUGGUGCAGCCGGCCUCGCCACCCAACGGCCACUCGCCGUCGGCCACGACGCCGACCACCAACAGCCAGUCGUCGGAGGCGCCGCAGAACCACAGCACCACGUCCAACGACGGCAAUGACGAGGCGGCCAUGGCCGUCAUCAUGUCGCUGCUAGAGGCCGACGCAGGCCUCGGCGGCCCCGUCGACUUCUCCGGCCUCCCGUGGCCGCUUCCUUGAACCCUGACACACGCAACGGACUUGUGAACAGUUAACACAAUAGUGAGAUUCAACGCGGAACUUGUGUAAAUAUUUUUGGCGGGAAGUUUUGCAAGUGCGUUUCUUUGAGGCUUUUUCUAUUCAUCUUCGCACAACCGUGUGAAGGAGAAAACAUGAAUAUUUUAAACCAACUCUGGGCCCUUUAAUGAGAAAAUUGGCGCAGUCAUUUUUGCUUUGGUAAAUAUAUAUAAUAGUAAUUUAAAUGUCUUUUAAGUGGAAAAAAUAAAUUUCUUUUUGACAGAAGCAAAAUAAUGGUCCUCAAGGAAAUGCAACUUGAAUUUUUGUGAAUAAUUUAAAUGUGAUACUACCUUGAGUUGUAGAAAAUGGUCUGUGUGAAUGUGGCUUGAGCAGACAUUCAAAUUACCGCUGUACAAAAUUUAGUUUUCUGAUCUCAUAGGCAGUCUUCAUUUAUACUCACUCUCGUAUUGGCACUUUGAAAAUUUAAUUGCUAAACUUUCUGGCACUCAUGUCAUCUGUUAAUUCACAGCUAUAUGUAUUUGAAAUUAUUUGUUAUCAUGUGUAAGUCGUUCAUGUUCUGGCCAAGAGCUACCGUUGCACUUACACGAUGUCAUGAACAAAAACUGGAAGCAGAACUUAAACGACAAACGCAAACGGUCAAUUGCACAAACAUAACUCAACCAAUUCCACUAAAUGAGCGAUUGUAAAUCUGUGCAAAUAAAUAGUUGCCAGUAAUUUUGAAAAAAACAAACAA